AUGAGCGACAGGACCGAACAUUCUGGUCCGAGCCAAGAGGAACAAUACACCCCCGUAACGGAAUUAGAAAAUGAACGCCGAAAUAUCUUUGACAAUAUCGCUGCAGACGAGAACGUGUUCCAAUUGAUCGCCUCUGCAAACGGGCAUACAAUCACAGCCCGAUCGGUCACGGCCAAGGCGUACGCGACUCAGUGUAUGGGGGAUAUAUCCAAUACUACAAUCCAGCAAAUUUCAGCGAACCGCAGCGGCAUAUCAGAGAAGGAGCGUUCCAAUCACCACACUCAGCCAGGAAAUUUCAGUGGGCCUGGUCGCAAAGUAGGAUAG